AUGGAGGGUCUCUACUUCAAUAUCGACUACGGAUACGUCGAGGGUGUGGUUCGUGGCUACAGAAACGGGCUUUUGAACCUGAGCCAGUACGUCAACUUGACCCAGUGUGACUCGCUCCAGGACUUGAAGUUGCAGUUAUCUGCCACCGACUAUGGCAACUUCUUGUCGAACUAUGGCGGGCCUCUUUCGACUUCGGUGAUGCAAGAAAAGCUUUCGGGGAAGUUGUACCAGCAGUUUCAGUACUUGCGUAGUCAGAGUGCUGGCAAGUUGACCAAGUUCUUGGACUUCAUCUGUUACGGGUACAUGAUUGACAAUGUUUCUUUGAUGAUUACCGGUACGCUUCACGAUAGAGACUGCCUGGAGAUCUUGCCUAAAUGUCAUCCUUUGGGCUGGUUCGAAACGUUGCCUACCUUGUCGAUUGCUACUGACAUUGAGUCUUUAUACGAUACAGUGUUGAUUGACACGCCAUUGGCACCUUUCUUCAAGGACUGCUUGACAAUUAACGAUUUGGACGACUUGAACAUUGAAAUCAUCAGAAACAGAUUGUACAGAAACUACAUUGAGGCAUUUGUGGAGUUUGUUAACGAAGAGCUCGAUGGCCCAGACCAGGAGAUCAUGACUAGAUUGUUGAACUUUGAGGCUGACAAGAGAGUUAUCAACAUCGCAUUGAACUCGUUGAACAACCCAGACUUGACCCCUGAGGAUAAGCUUUCGUUGUUCCCAUCUUACGGCCAGUUGUACCCUGUCUACCAUAACCAGCUUUCCACCGCUGAAGACGUUGAGCAGGUGAAGAGUAUCGUGGAGCUGGUUGGCGAAUACAAGGAAUUGUUCGCCGAUGCGCUGAGCGGCGGCAACAAGAACAUCGAGGACUGGUUCUACUGGUUGGAGAUGCAAUACAACAAGAACGCCUUCACCCAGCAGUUCACCUUGUCUACCGUGUGGGCAUGGUUGCGUUCCAAGGAGCAGGAGGUCCGUAACAUCACCUGGAUCGCCGAAUGUAUCGCCCAGAACCAGAAAAACAGAAUCGACAACUACAUCUCUGUCUACUAG